CCAGGACCCCAGUCCAGGGUGACCCCAGGGAACCCCAGGCCCACAGUGAGAUCCGGGGGCCCUCAGCCUCAGGGUGAGAGUCAGGCACCCCCAGCCCUGAGGUGAAAUCCAGGAACCUUCAGCCCCAGGCUGAGCUCAGACACCCCCUAACCCUGAGGUUAAAUUCAGGAACCCUGGGCUCUUGAGGCCCUCAAGGCCCCACAGGGUGGGCAGGCCCAGUGUGUGGCUGCCCCAGGCCUGUGGAGACCCUCAGACCGGGUCUGUCUUGGACCUGCAGGGCUGUGUCCUGCUGGGCUGUCCCCCCGACCACAGGACACAGGAGACGCUGCCCCAAGCAGGGCUGGUCUCUCCCUCCACGUCCUUCCUCCCUGCAGGGCACUGUGGCGCCAUGGCGGCCACCAGCGGGGACAGGCCAUGAGGGCCGGGGCCAUGUUGAGGGCCAGGGGCUGCCCGCCAGGGUGUCAACCCUGAGAACAACAUGAACUUCAACGUCUGGAAUAUCAAGGAGAUGCUGAGCAUGCCGACAGCCAUGGGGCCUAACAAGUGUUCCAUGAGGAGCAGCACUGCCAGUGACUACUCGAGUUUGAGCGACUCUCAGCUGCUCUUCGGCUCCCAGUUCUGCCCGGAGAACGUGCAGUCGGCAGCGGCACUGCUGGAGCUGGGCUCGCAGCCGGGACAGCAAAACUCCCAGGACAGUGAGCCCAGUAUUUUUACCAAAUACCAGACAAAACCACAGUUAUUUGAUGAAGAAACAAGAGAAAAAGGUUUACUUAAUCUUAGCACAGGAAGAGUGAAAAGUGUCUUGGAAAAUUUUGAAGUGAAUAAGAACAAAAUAAAGGACAAAUAUGACCGUGAGGUCCUAAGCGCCUUUAUUUCCAGUACCAAAGACAGGCUUCAAGGGCUGCAAGCACGCUUGGACAAGUUUGAAGAAAUGUCUGAUUCCAGAUACAAAUCCAUUUUGGUUCACCUAGAAACCCUUUCCAAGAAAAUGGAAGAUGCUCUUCAAAGUCACUGUGACUCUGUACUGAAAGCUCUGAGAGAUAGAAGCCAAAUGGAGCAGGCACUGCUGGAGAUGGAGAGGAGACUUGCAGCCAAAGAUGCAGAGAUUUCAGAUGUGAAAUCCAGUGUUCAGCUGCUGAAAGAGGGUCUGGAAUCACUGCCAGCCCAGCUGAAUGACCAGCACCUGAAGCUGUGUAAAGAACUAGACUUCGUGAAGCUCCCUAAUGCCUCAGCUGAGCAGCACACACCUGUGCCUAGUGCCAGACUGCCCCCUCACAUGACAGAUAACUCUUCCCAGACCUCCCCUGGCCUGUGCCAGCUUCGUGUCCUGGAUGAGAAGCACCCAUGCCAGCCCUGCUGCCAAGGCAGCAGGGUUUGCAGCUGCUCAGGCUGGUCUCAUUUCCACUGUAUGACAGUGGGGGAGCAACACAGACACUCCCCUGGGAGGAACCAGAUCACUGAGGAUGGCACCUCUAAGGGUGCAGCCUCAGGAGGCAAAGCCAUUGCUACAGAGGCCUGUGACAGAGCAAACACCUCUUUGCAGAAGAUGAAAUAUGGCUUGGAGACACAGAGCUGUGCUACCCAUCCUUGCAUGUGCUGGGCUGACAGUAACUUUUUGGGGGGCAGUCAGAAGAAACACUGUCCUGUACCAUUGGAAGCGCCUCUACCAACCCCACGGAGGAAGGCGUUCAGGAGAGGCACUGGAGGGUUUGAAGCCCUGACACCGUCACAGCAGCAGCAGCCUCAAGGUUGCCACCAGUCUGUAUGGAAAGCUCCACCUGGGCAAAAAGACAGCAACGGGUCCACAGGCCACAAGGUGCAGAAGGCAGCUGUAGGCAACAAAACAAAACAGAGUCCAGGAAGGAUCCCCUGGAAUAAAGCUGUAGGGAGGAAGAAAGCAUACCCUGCUAAGAGGAAAGGCGAGCUCUCUCGAUGUGCUGACAGUGGGCUGAAGCAGAGGAAGGCAAAUGGGAUUAUUGAGUUGGAAAGCUCCAGAAAAAAUUGCUUUCCCAGAUACUUGGUUGAUCUCAAUUCAGAAAGCUCUGACCCGGUUUUUGCAGCUCGCCAUCAGCAGAUCCUCAGCAGCGCUCAGCCAGGGCUUACAGAGAAUUUCCCAUCAGUGCCAUGCUCUGAUAAAAGCCUGCAACAACUUGCAAGCAGAAGAAAGAAAAGUCUGGAAAUUAAAAGAAGAGUGAAUGUUUCCACCGUAAAAACGUAUAUCUUGGAUUCCUCUCCUGAGGGGAAUAUAUUAUCCCUAUGUAGCACAACAGGUGUAGAGCAGAUGAGCUGCUUCAACCUCCGAAGCCCCUCAAGCUCCAAGAAACCACAUCCUGCCAAUCUGCUGGCUCAGAAGAACCCAACCUGUUGCUCUUUAUUGUUUGAUAGUGAUUCUUCUGAUUGAAGGGGACAUGUUUGGAGCCCUCAGUGCAGGCUUGGCCAUCUCAGUUGCAGUUUAUUCUUCUAGGUGUGUUACCUGCUUAGCCAGAGGCUCUAAAGUGUUAUUGCCCAGUUUGAGAUAUUGCAAGAGACUAUGUGAGGACAGCUCUCCCCUCUCCUGGAGCUGUAUUACUUUAUCUCCCUGCUCCCACCAGAGGUGCCAAGGGCUCCAGUUACCAUCGUAUUUACACGCUUGCAGAGUCUGCUGAGACAUUCCCAGGGAGGAGAGAUUUGGCAGAGCACAGACGGGCAGCUCAGAUUUGGCAUUGAGAUUUACUGGAAACUUUUCAGCUUUUCAAUGUAAUGCUAUCUCUGUGGCCAGAGGCUUCAUUCUGUUUCUCACCCAUAGUCUCUAUGUUGGUUUGUUGUGUAAAAGUUCAGGUUUUUAGUUCUGGAGGCAGUAGUAGUGUUGUUCUGGUUGAUUUCAAUAAGGUUCAGAUUUGUCCCAGGAGUUGUUUGUGAACUUUGGACGGGGACCAGUUCAGCUGAGGAAAACCAAAUCCCAAUGUCUCAGGUUCAUCGACUAUUGAAUUUCUUCUCCUUUUAGGCUGAAAAUUUCUUGGCCUCAGAAAUUUCAGGAAAUUAUUUUGUUUCUACUUUUUUUGUAUUUGUAUCUCUUGGCUGAUUAAGGAAUUCUCCAACGUAUCCUUUUCAAGGGCAGUGGUUCUCAAACAGAGGCCAAAAGAUACAAUGUUCAGAUCCAGCAGAUGACACGUUGGACAGCCCCUAUUCCCACAGAGAACUCUUUCCAUAGUACCCAACUGUGACUAUCAGUAGCUCCCACUGCUUCAGCCAUUUGCGUCAGGUUUGAUUUCCGAUUUGAAAUCUUACCAGCAAAAAAGCAUUUUGAUGUUCACAAAAGCAAAUUUGUGGUGUUGCCACAAAUCUAAAUGAUCCAGCUUUGUCAUCCCGGCUUUAAUAAACUCUUUGUGCUGUCACCAAA